UUGAAGGCCCAAAGCAACUCCCUAAAAAAAACUCCCGCUGCCUGUUUGGAUGGCCGCACGUUUGCUAAAAACCCUUUCUUUAGAACUCUCUCUCCGCACGCCGACCGACCACCCCUGCGACUUCAUCUCUGCGCUAUCUUCGGCAUGCCUUAGCAUUGGACUUCUUCAUUUUUUUAAGCAUCUCUGCCAUUAGAAUCCGGAUUCGUGCCGUUCGUUUUUGGAUUCACAGGCUUGGGUUCGCAGAUUCUCCGGCUCUUCUUGGACUGGACGGUUCUCAAAUCCGUCUCCACCCUGACCAGUUUAUCACCAGUGUGCAAUUUGACCGUCCGGAAAUCCUUCUUCCAAGUCCAAAAACCCAUAUACCCAAUACUCCAAAGCAAAGGACAGCAGGCCUGAAACUUCAUGCGCUCAUCAGAAAUUUAAUCGGACAAUCGCUACAGGCGUACAAUGCUACUCUACGUCUCUGCCUCCAUUCUAUUUCUCUAGCCGGCUAGCCGCUACUCGACACCCGACAGCCUCCUCUCUCGAAUUGAAGAAUUGGAGAUUCCGGAAUUGCAGAUCUUGGUUUUCUAUAAAUCAAAGGCGUUUAGCCAUUGAGGCGCAAAGGCGUUAAGGCGCUCGUUAUUCGCCUGAGAGGCUUAAGCCUUAUCUUCUGCUAACAAGGCCUACGCCUUAGAUUUGCUGAGGCGUUGAAUCGGCCUGGUGCGCAAGUCGGAGACGAGGCGUACGCCUCUAAUUUACGCAAAUUUUGGGCUUGUUUUUUAAAUUAUUGGGGCCUCAAUUUUAUUUUCAUCCUAAAAUUAUACCUGCUAAGUCAGCCCAAGGCUGGAUAUCAACUUAGCCAUAUCCGCUGGUCUUCCAAUCGGCAAUCGUUGGUCUUCCAAUAUCAACAAACGACUUCCAGGAGUGCUGUUCAGCUUACUGUAUCAGUCGAAUCCGUACUGAGGUGUUACAUGGUGACUGAAGAAAUUACAAAAAGAGGGGCAAAUGUGGAAAAAUCAGCAGAAUAACUGUUUAUAGCUAUACAGACGGUCAGAAUAAUAUCGGCAGAGAGCCAAGACCGCCAUUGGCGAUUAUUUGGUUAUAUUAGUUGAAAAUACGCACACCAUAGGAAAGAACGUCCGAGAGAAUGGAGAGAUUGUGUGACAUGUGUGGAAAUAUGGGGUUAAAGGAUGGCGAUGAUGGAUUCUUUUAUUGCACCCUCUGUGGCUGUCGUGCAGAUGAUGUCAUGGAUACUGCUGUUGAAGAAGCUGACACCGGUUUCGAGGGUGGGAUCUAUUCUGCGUCUCAGACACGGGCUCGUCCUAGACAAGUGGCAAGUCAGCCACCAUCUCAAUUCAUGGAUUCACAGUGCCAAUAUCUAGAGAAUGAUUGUGUGGUCAAUGGUGUUGUCCCUACUGACCCUAUAAAUGACACUGGUUCCUUGCCCGAUACUUUCACUUCUCCAGACUUCUAUUAUUCAAAUAUCAGGCUGAAGUAUAUUAUGGGCGUUCAAAUCAUGAUCCAGUUGCAGUGUAAGGCUUUGGUGGAGAAAUUUAACGUCAGCCCUUUAAUUAUUGGACUCAUUAGACCUAUUUGGCUGAGAUAUGUUGCUCAUGAAAGGAUAAUGGCUGAUGAUUGGGGAGACAAUGUUAUUAAUGAAUCAGAAUCCCAACCUGGGGAACUUGGCGAGUUCAAGAUUCAUGUUAGGCGCAAAGGAGAACCUCACAACCUUCUUGGUAAACGGUUAAUACCAUUGUGGUAUGAAUCUCUGAGAAGUAAGAUCCCAUUAUCUAGUUCUCUGGCCAUAUCAUAUCUUGUUUGUCAUUUAGCCAGGGAGGCAAUCCUGCCAACGGACAUUGUGAAUUGGGUUCUUGAAGGAAAACUUCCAUAUUUGGCUGCUUUUGUUGAAAUUGAGAAGCAACUUGGACCUCCGUCAAGGGAAUGUCCAUUAAGUUCUAGUCGUAUGUUCCGACCUAUUGAGGUUAUCUCCACACACAAGCUAGAGUCAUUUGCUGCUUCAAUUGCCCGGAGAAUAGGUUUAGAACUACCACCUGUGAAUUUCUAUGCUCUAGCUUCCCGUUAUCUGAUAGAGUUAUCUCUUCCAGUUGAAUGUAUUCUUCCUCAUGCAUGCCGUGUACAUGAGUGGUCUAUGCCUCCACAGCUUUACUUGUCUGACAAUGAAUGCAGCCUUCCAUCCCGCGUUUAUGUUAUGUCAAUAAUUAUCGUAACAAUGAGGAUUAUAUAUGACAUAAAUGGGGGGAAAUGGGAAAUGAUGUUAUCUGGACCCGAUGAUCAAUCUAUGGAUGAAAAGAGUGAUUUAGCUGAGGAGGAAGUCAAUUUUGAUGGUUCCAAACUGCUUCAGAUUCUUGAAACAAAAUAUUCAGAGCACAAGCAUAUUCAUGAUUAUGCACUAGAUCUGCCUACAUAUCUUCAACACUGUAAAGAUGUGGUUUUUGCUGGAUUAAAUUCGUCAUUGGAGGACCAUGAAGAAGAAAGUCUGAUAGAUGAACUAUGGGACCUCUAUGAAACGAGUAAGGAUGCUGAACCAUCAGAUGACCAUAAAAAGAGUGAGGAAAUCAGGGAGAGUGGAGGCGAUUUCAGCACAAUGGGUAAUUGUUCAAAGUGUCCAUUGGAUGAUUCUGAAUCACCAGUACAUGCAAGUUCUAUGAACUCAUAUAAGGAUCGGGCGGUACGGCAAAUGAAAUCAAAUAUGGAGGAAAAUCGGUUUUCUUAUCUUCCACCCAUUAAAUCCACCUUGAAGAACCAUGGUUACAUUCGAUAUGCUAGAAGGAAAGAUGGUGCCUUGAUAUAUGCUGUUCAUGCUGAUUAUUAUAUCAUACUUCGCUCAUGUGCACAAAUUGCACAAAUUGAUAUGAGGACCUUGCAUAUGGGUGUUUUGACCUUUCAGAGGUGGCUGGAACAGAUGGAAAAGAAAAUUGAUAUUUGUUUGCGUUGGAACUUCCCAGGGGACUCUUGUGAUUUUUGCUGCGAUUGAGUUUCAAGAUGAAGAUCAACGCUUCAGUCACUGAGUUUUCCAUCUCUUUUCCAUGGCCAUCAAGCAGCUCCUUGCCGGAAUGGAACAUCACGCUACAAUAUCCGCCGGCGCCAGAGAAGAAAUUGGUUACUGGAAUCAAUUAUGUGUACCAGGCAGCUUCUUUGUUCCAAAUCCAUCUCUCAAUUCCUUUGCUAAGUUAAGAAAGCUUCACUUUUUGCACAUUCAAGCAAAGCAAACAUUGGUUUUGUGAUUCUUACUAUUUCUAUAUUUUCUAUAUACAUCUUACUAAUAGGACUGCAGUUUGCAUCAUUUUCACCUCUAUAUAUGUGGAUAUUUUUAUUGCCUCUGAAAAUUGGGUGAGAUAAUUUAGUUAUGUGUACUUGAACAACAUAAAGUUAGUUUUCAUAUUCAGGCUGGAAUCAAUGCUUUGUACCAGGCAGCUUCUUUGUUUUCAAAUUCAGUUCUCGAUUCCUUUGCUAAGUUAAGGAAGCUUCAAGUUUUGUUUUUGUAAGCAAAUGAAGUAUUAGUUUUAUGGUAGAUACAGAGAGAAGCACAUUGUGGGGAUAUGUUUAGCAUUUGUGAUUAUUGUAAAAGACAUAAGCAUGCACCAGCGCCAUAUUCAAACGGUUCAUACCCACAUGGAAAACUGACCACGAGACAACAACUUUUGUCCCUAAUAAUGAACACCCAUUACCCCAACAUGUGGCUCUCAUGCCAAAAUGCAACUUUUCUUUCUUCUUUAGCUAUGGUUUGGGUCUUUGGGAACACUAAGAUUAUAAGUAGUGAAAAAUGCAAUUUUUAGUAUAACACAUUGCAAAUUUUUAGUUGGAGAAAGUGAUCAUAUCUAGUGUUUGCUUGCCUAAAAGUGUUUGUUUGCCAUUUGCCUCUGCCUAAACUGUCACUGCUUUCUUUCAGAGAUAUAAUAUGAGUAUUAU